UAAAAGCAAGCAGGUGUCGCCUGUGCCAUGUCUGGUCUGUGGUGCACAUCCUGCCCCUAGCGGUAUUUCUCUGAAAGUCCAUCUCACCUCAACUUUAUCUCUGACCUGUUGCCAUGGCAACUGUAAAGCGUGUGCUUACAAAAACAAGUGCUUGAUCCAUCGUCAGCGAGAAGCGGAGGUUCUUCAUUCGACAUCUACGGCGCCAUCUUAUUGCUUUGAGCGAGGUAGAUCGAGACAAAUAGACAAGGUUGUCAUCAUCACUGGUAAUUAUGAGCGGAGCUAGAGCUCGCAUCGACCCGCCUGUUGCUACUGAGAAUGUCUCGAUCACCGGGCACAGUUCCGCGGCUGCUGCGCGGGAGCGCAAGCCAGGUGGAGGGGUUCUGAAGAGACUCAAGUCUCGGCAAAGCCAGGUGGAUAGUAGGCCCGUCACAGAGGAUGAUCUUCGAACACAAGUUGGCCACAUCACCCCUGAAGAGGUCCUAAGAUUGCGGGUUGCUACUCGGGGGUACCUGUGUAAACCAGAGGACAACAUCUUCGACAUAGAUUUCAUCCGCUUUAAAAUCAGAGACUUGGAGACAGGGACUGUGUUGUUUGAAAUUGUAAAACCACCUCAUACGGAGGAAGAUGAGGAGAAUGGAGAGGGAGACAUGAGUGCCGGACGUUUUGUAUGCUACCAGUUCACCACUGCAUUCCUACAACUGAGGACUGUGGGAGCCACAGUGGAGUUUACGGUUGGUAACCGGCCUCUGAACAGCUUCAGGAUGAUUGAAAGGCACUACUUCAGGGAUCACCUCCUGAAGAGCUUUGACUUUGACUUCGGCUUCUGUAUCCCAAACAGCCGCAACACCUGCGAACACAUCUACGAGUUCCCUCAACUGUCUGAGAGCUUGGUUCAUCAGAUGGUGGAGCAUCCCUACGAGACGAGAUCGGACAGCUUCUACUUCGUAGACAACAGACUGGUCAUGCACAACAAGGCAGACUACUCUUAUAACGGGGGCAGGCGUUGAGUCUGUUAUGUGCCUGUUUGUGUGUGUGUGUGUGUAUGUUUGUGUGUGUGCUGUGCCAAAGCCUAUACUCACACAAACAGACUCUCACCCAAGUGUUGAGUACUGUAAGUUAAACAAACUCUAUUGUCAUGGCAUAGCUGCUAGUAUGGAAAAGUUUAAGAACAGCAGGACAGAUCCACAUUAGAGCCAAAUAGACUACUGGCAAUAGUAUGGCAACAUUCUGCCAUAUAGUGCUUUGUCUUUCUCUCCCCAAAAAUGAAAUGUGUUUCAGCUAACCAAGUGAUUUAUGUUAGUGUGUAAAAGGACAGUUAAUGUACUGUUCACUCUUUGACUUUUGGGGGGAGUCAUACUCAUAAAGGACCAGACAAUGCCCACAUACAUACAUACAGACAGGCAGACUGACAGGCAGAUAGGCAGACAGAUAUAGAAACAAUCUCCCUCGCUCGCUCCCUCCUUCCCUCUCCUUUUCUCUAUUUCUCUCUCUCUGUCGUUACCUGCUGUGCCCACCCGCCACUCUAGAUGUAUUAAUAAGAGAGGAAGGGGGAGACAUACACAAACCCACUCACACACACUCACACACACACUCACUGUCAAACACACAUGCCAGCUCACUCACAUACAGUGCCCAGUGAAAGUCUACACACCAUUUGCUUGUCCCCGGCAGGGACUUGUGAGUUUGUCAGGAUCAAAAUAAAUAUGAAACAAGCAAAGCCCAGGUAAAAAGUUAGAGGAAAACCUGCCUCAGUCUUCUGAAUACCCUGGGAUAGAGUUUUAUUUUACAGCAAGACAAUUACACCAAUGUUAAUGCCAAAGACACACCAGAAUGGCUUUCAAAUUGGUGUUGAGUGUUUCUGAAUGGUCCAGUCUCAGUCCUGACUUAAAUCUGCUUGAAAAAUCUGAAACAAGGUUUGAAUAUUGCUGCCCAUCAAUGAUUCCCUUCCAAAUGUACUGAGCUCGAGCAAUUUUGACAAAAACUAUGAAUAUAUGUUGCCCUAAGAGUUGUGCAUAGGUGGUAGAAUCUUAUUCAAGAUGAUUUACAGCUGUAAUUGCUGACAAAGUUGCUUCUACCAUAUAUUAACUAUGGGGUCUGAAGACAUCUUAAUUAUUUAAAAAAAAAAUUUUAAGUUCUAUACUUUUUCUUUCACUUUGAAAAUGUGGAGCUUGUUGUGUAUAUUAGUAGGAAAUAAAAACUAAAUGUAAUUUAUUUUUUAAAUAUUUAAUUUGAAGGCAGAAAAUGUGACAACUGUGCAAGGGGUGUAUAUAUUUUCACUAGGCACUGUACUUUCACCACACCCCCUCCCAGAGAGACCUACUGUAGCAUGUCACCUGAAUGUACUUGCAUUCAAAUUCAACUUUAUUUAUAGUGCAUCCAACAUGCAGGUCCAAUAACAUACUUUACAAACAAGUUGAUCAGAGGAAGGACUCUUACGUUUACAGUCAAAUCGGAUUCAGAACGAAAGAAUCUAAAGCAGUAACAGACAGGUAUUGCAACUAAAACAUUUCUGUACAUAAUUUAUCCUUUAUUUUUGGUGUUCUUCAGUGAUUUGACAGGCACUUAUAAAUAGAACGUAGUAUUAUAUUUUUAUUUAUACAAACUGAAAAGACAACCCUGGUCAGAAAUUCUCAUAUAGGAUACAGUUCUUUACCCAACUCUUGAUUGUAUUAAUAUGGCAGGUUGACACUUUUUAUUACCAUGUUUUAUCAUGUUAUAAAGUAAAAAGUUGUAGUGUUUUUGAUUGUUUCCUCAAGAAACACCAAAACUGCAUGAGGCAUCAAAAUGUGUGAAAUAUGUGUGGAUUUUAGGGAAAUUGGUGAUAGAUCUUUGUUAGAGAUUGUUAGAGAUAGCUAGAAAUCAAAUUGUGUAUCCUUUUGUGUUUUGUAAACUACUGGUGUCCAGGGUUAAGUGUAUACUUGUAUAAAAAAAUGUAUCCAAAAUAAACAUGUGAAUUUUCAAAUUCCUUUGAUGAGGUGCAACAACA